AUGAAUACGGUUGUGCUCGCUCUGUUGGUGGCCGUCGUGGCAGCGCUCUUCUACUACCCCACCUUUGUUCGCAUCCCAUCAGCCGAAGAGGUGAGUGGCAACACGGCCCAGCGUGCCGCCACACCCACACAAGCCAUGAGUUCGGCCCCCUCUGCCCAGGCCCAGCAAACCAACGCUGGGUCGGCUGCCGCUCCCGCUGGCCAAGUCCCGUCUGCGCCCACCGCCUCUGCAGUCGCCUCCCCUUCCCAGACCCCGCAGGCGAGUACGGCUCAGGUCGUUGAACUCCCUCCUGCCACUGGGAAGAAGGUCAUCAUUGUUGGUGGCGGAUUGGCUGGCAUGAGCGCCGCCAUCGAGGCUGUUCGUGCUGGCGCCCACGUGGACAUGCUUGAGAAGACGAUCCGCUGGGGUGGCAACUCGGAGAAGGCUUCGUCGGGUAUGAACGCCGCUCGGACUGCCGCUCAGAUCAAGCUCAACCUGAAGGACAGCGUUGAGGAGUUUUACAAGGACACCAUCGCCUCUGGCCACGGUCUCUCCAACGAGGAGUUGGUUGACGUCAUGACCAAGGAGUCCGCUUCCGCCUACGACUUCCUCUCCAGCUUCGACAUUGACCUCAACACCGUGACCAAGCUUGGAGGUCACUCGCGCGCAAGGACGCACCGUCCCUCUGAGAGGGUGACCGGCAACGUUGGUUGGGAAAUCACUUCGACUCUGUCGAAGUACCUGGCCACUCUUCCGCGCGACCGUCUCACCAUGAAGCUGGGGGCUCGGCUCACGUCGCUCGUGGUUGAAGAUGGACGAGUCGUUGGUGUCAAGUAUACGAAGAUUGUGCGCGACGAGAAGGGGCACGAAACAGGGGAGGAACUUGCCGAGUUGCGAGGCGAUUCGGUCAUCCUCGCCACUGGCGGUUAUUCGCGUGCUGAUGACUUGCUUCGCAAGUAUAUCCCCAAGAUCGUAGACCUCCCGACCACCAAUGGUCCUUUCGCCGAAGGAGACGGCAUUAAGGUGGCUGAGCAGAUCAAUGCCUCUCUCAUCCACAUGGACCAAGUGCAACUUCACCCCACCAGCUUCGUCUCGCCGAAGGAUCCCCUGGCAAAGACCAAGUUCCUGGCCCCAGAGGCCCUCCGUGGCCUUGGCGGCAUUCUUAUCAACCAAGAUGGCAAGCGCUUCGUGAACGAGCUCGACACACGCGACAAGGUCACGCAGGCCAUUUUCAAGAACUGCAAGCCCCUGAUCGUGGAGCAGGAAGUGAAUGGUCAAAUGAAGACCGUGGUGGGUCCCGUGGUGGCUCACCUGAUCAUGACCGACGAGGCCGUGAAGCUGUUCCCGAACUUGCAGUUCUAUCAGGCCAAGGGAUUCCUCCAUGGCUACCUGGGCGUUGAAGAAAUGGCUGAGGGCCUGGAGCUCCCAGGCAACACCCUGAAGCAGACGUUCGCCGAGUACCACGAGUGCUUUGUUCGCCAGGGCAACUGUGCCGAUCCUUUCGGCAAGAAGGACUUCCCGUUCGGCACCCGCAGCAACGACGUGUUCCACGCCAUGAUGAUCACGCCCGCGAUCCACUACACCAUGGGCGGUCUCGAAAUCGACAAGGAGGCGCACGUCCUCCGAGCCGCCGCCACCGAGAACAAGGACGAGGCUGCCGAGGCGGCUACGGCGACCAAGGAGAUCAUUCCUGGCCUCUUCGCUGCGGGUGAGGUGACGGGCGGCGUCCACGGCGCCAACCGCCUGGGUGGCAACUCACUGCUCGAGUGCGUCGUCUUUGGCCGGAGAGCCGGACGCUUCGCCGCUGCCUUCACUGAAACCGCCACCGCUCCUGAAGUUACCUCCUCCUCUCCUUCCUCUACGCCCGCUUCCGUCGUGUGA